ACAGCAAGUACAUCCUGUCUCUGCUCCAGCAAAAGAGCAGACACAACCAUGCAAGGUCCUAGAACCAGCACCAAGUCCUUCAAGCAGGCCUUCCUCAGGAACCUCCUCCUCAGCCUCCAGCUACAGGCACACCCGAACACGUCCUUCGGCGGCACCACUAGCCUCCGCGUGAGGAAGCGCGCCGUCAUGUCCGCGGUGGACGUCGCUAUGGCGACUGCGCACGGCGGUGGAGCGAGGUGGCCUAAGGCCAUCUUGGCUCCGGCGUCCAGAGCGUGCAAGGUACAGAGGUGCCGGAGGAUCGUGAGGAGGUGCCGCGGCUGCAAGAGGAGCUAUGUUGCGGGGAGGCUCCUUAGGAGGUGGACCAUCGCGCCGAGGGAUGUGAUACCGGGAGGCCGGCACGCCGCAGUCGACGAGGUCACUCUGCUCCGUGAGGCCAUGGACUACGCCGUUCACCUGCGUGCUCAGGUCGAUGUGCUCCGCCGGCUCUCCGAAGCCGUGAAAAGAUCCAGCUCCAUGGGUCGGCCGUGAUUCCUGGUCUUAGUGUGCACUUGGAGAAAAAGAGGCAUUAUUUUGUAUGAGGUGGUGGAGUGCCGUUGCCUUUGCAAAAAGAAAGACAUGGUCUCCAUGAUGAUUGAUGC